AAAGCUGGCGCCGGCCGGUGCGGUCCAAACGCGGCUGCCGUCCCCGGUCCUCCUCCUCCUUCUCCUCUUACUCGCAAAGAAAUCAUCCCCUUCCCCUCGCCAAACCACAGGAAGAAGCGAGGAGGCCACCCAGAUCCCACCUUCUCGAGCGACGGCGAUGGCGAUGGCGUCGGUGCCGGCCGCGCCCUCGUCCUACGGGUGCGCGGCGUGCGGCGCGGACCUGAACCUGUCGGCGGCGCACCUGUACCCGGCGGACUUCUACUUCGAGGCAGGGAACAAGGGCACGCUGUCCUUCUCGUGGGUGGACGAGUCGCGCCUGCGGUUCGCGCCCGAGGACCGCAUCCGCCCCUUCUUCGAGACCCUCGACUACUGGGGCAUCCAGCGGAAGCGCACGCGCAUCAGCUGCGACGCCUGCGGCUGCCUUCUCGGCUACGUCUACGACGACGGGCCGCCGGUCAUGCAGGGCACCGGCCAGUUCGGGAUGGGGCCCAGCCAGGUCAUCCCGCGCCGCCCCAGGUACCGAUUCAAGAUCAAGGCCGUCGCCGCCACCUCCUCGCCGCCUGCCGCCGCCGCCGCGUAUGGAAAGUGAUCCUCCGUAGAUUUCUGCGUCUCGUUUCGAGUCUGGUUGCGUGUCAUGUCGGCUGUCCUGCUAUGGUUCCUUUUCCUGUAAUUUUUUUUAACGUAAUUCUUACCUGUGUAUAUUAACUUUUCUUCCUGUAAUUCGUGUCAUGCGGUGUUUUUCAACUUGUUCCUUGGUGUCAAUAAUCUUUUUUUUUAUC